AAAAAAAAUUAAGACCUAUCAUUUAGUAUGAAAUUGGUCAGUCAAAUAACAUCACAAUGUAAUUGUUUUUUCUAACAAGGUCAUAAUAAAGAAUUUUAGAAUGCUGAGUCUGAAUGAGGUAGAAGAAAUCCCUAGAACAUCAACUUAUUUGGAAAUAGCCUGCAGUUGGUUAAAAUGAUUGAACUCUUGUAAUGUAUAGGAAAAAUCUUUUAAAAUUACGUGCUAAAGGUAAAUGAAACAUGAGGAUAAUGAAAAGUAAUCAUUUUUUUUUUUAAAUCCAUUUUCCAGCAGGUGAGCAAUGUGGUUCGUGGACGUCUCAUUUUAUAUGGAUCGGGUUCGGUGUUCUGAAAAAACAACGCUAAAAUCAGAAACAAAAUUUGAAGGAAAAAAAAUUUGAGAGUGAUGACAGUGAUGUGAUUUAAAAACUCUGAUAAUGAUGGAUCCAAGUAUAAUUAAGUAUAUGCCAGAAACAGUGAGGUUUGCAAUUCUCAGACUCGGAAGUAAUUCUAAUUGUAAAGGCAGUAACAUCUUUUCUGAUGCUAGAUGCGACAUAAGCAGCAUAACAGAUGAGAGGAGAGUUAUGCUGGUAAAAAAUUUUAAUAACAUAUUUAGCCGUGGAAUAGAGUUUGUAAAUGAAUUAAAGGAUGGAAACCAGUCAUAUUUUGAAAACCUUGACAUACAACACAAGGCAGCAAUUACAGUGUUAACUUCAUUUUUAAACGAGAAAGAGCUGCAUGAAAGGAGUAUAAAUGUCAUUCUGGAUCAGCUUCAGAAUGGUGAGGGUUCUGAUGUAGAUUUGACAGUUGCGCUUGCGGAUCAUCUGCUGGGCAGACUUGCUCCUGGACAGUCCUGUGUCAUCAAUUCCAAGAUUAAUGGGAAACAACAAUGUAGUUGUCAACUGGACCAUUGUAUGAAAACAGCAAAGUGGGGGAAUACAGGGAUAGGUCAUGAGGCAGUGUGGCAUGGAUUUGUUGAUAUUAUGUUUCCAUCUUUCGAUUGUGUUGAACCAGACUGUAUUGCUACCACCGUUUAUCCAGUAGCAGCAGAAUCUAGGCAUACCAUGAAGGAAACCAGAGUAAAUGGUGAAGAGCAGGAUUCUCGUGAAACAGCAGAUACCGAUUCAGUCGUGGAUCAGAGUGUGGCAGAGACAAUUGUGUUUUCAUUGAUUCAAAAGAACCGCCGUCCAACCCUUAGAAAUCAUUUGAUUCCUCAUAUUGUUAUAAGUCCUAGUGACUUCAGAAUUCUAAUGUAUGAUGCAGUUAAUGAUGUGUUUCUGUGUAGUGUGCUGCUACCACUUUUUCAGGAGAAAUCACUUCACAUAACAUCUGUUAUCAUCAUUUGGAUGGUACUGCAUUACAGACUAUUUUGUUCAGGGAUAGAUAUUGAACCAAGAAGACUAGAACAAGUGCAAUCAAACUUUAGAAAUUUAGUUCAGGAGAAAUGGGAUAUUUAUAGUGAUUCACUCAAGUCCUGUGUAGGAAGAUUUUCCAAUGUCAAUCAAGAAUUCUUUCCUUCAAAUGAUCGCAUGCUCCUGGGAACAGAAGAAUUUUAGCAGCAUCAAUGUACCCGUGAUUAACAUGAUGUACAUUGUUUUCCAUAUGUAGAGUCACUAGAGAUGUAUGUUUGAGGGAAUAUACAGUAAAAAAUACACACUUAUAUCUGUUGUAAUGAACAUGUAUAAAAAUUUAAAAUUAAAAUAUUACAUAUGCCAGUGUACAACUCUGUUGUUUUCCUCUCCCAUCUAAUUGUUAUUCAUGUUGUUACUGAGGAUUUCAGGAUAUAUUGAAUACUUUAAAAAGGUGUAUAUAAUUCUGCAGGUUUUUAAAAAAUGCUCCUCCUCUCAGGGUUCAUGGAAAAAUU